AGGGUAUCCAUGCAGUUUGUGUUGUCCCCUCCCAGUAGGCCUCAGCCCAUCCCCGGUCCCGCCCCGUGCUGUCUCCCGCUCUGGGUGAGCCUGGCUGGGGAGGAGCUGUACUCGGGUCACGCUGCUCUCUGCGACCCUUGUCCCUCUCUGUAUUCCAGCUGGAGAGAUGAGAAGCCGGGUGUUACACUCUAUAGUGGCCGUGUGCCCGCCCGGAAUGGGCAUUGGCAAGGAUGGCACUCUGCCAUGGCCUUAUCUAAGGUAUGAUGGGAAUACAGAACGGGUGUAACCACUGGCAGUCUCAUCAUGGGCCAGCAGCGGAUGAUGGGAGUUGUAGUCAACAAGUUGGAGGGAACUUUAGACGUUGGGCAGACCUGGCAGCCAAGGCAUUGUAGAGAUGGAAGUCAUGGAAUGUUCAAUGUGUUAUAUACAUACUGCGACAAUGUAUUGCCAAAAUAAUAAUAAUAAUAUCUAGUUACUACUUCAUUGAAGGGACCCUCAGAGCACCAUAACCACUACAGCUUGCUGUAGUGGUUAUGGUGCUAUGAGUGCCUGACCCCAUUGUAAAGAGUAAAGCCAUUUUAGAAUAAGAGUUUUGGAAGAAUGUAAAAAAAAAAAAAAUUUUGAAAAUAAUUUACUUUUGAAAGGGACUAAAGGGGUAGCCCAAUCUAUUUGUCCUGACACAAAAUAAUUUCAGUUUGGGGUACCUGCCAAUAGUCCGUGACAUUCAUAGGGUUGUUCAUUAAACUCUGAAUUUUAACAGAGUAACACCAAAUUAAAAAGCUGAUCUGUAAAAAAAUCUCUAGAUAUGAAUAGUUACAGCCCACAUGCUAUCUGCAUUGGCAAUUGGCACUACACCCCCUUCACACAAGUGUUUACUGAAAUCAAUUGGUUUUGAUGUAAAAGCCUGUUCAUGGAUAGAACACUAGCUUUUAAAAUACAUAUCUGUAUUUCUAACACUAAAGUCCUGAUGCCCCUUAUCAAUUAGGGUUUCCUCCGUGCAUAAAAUAAAGUGAAUUACUCACCAUUUCUCCAGCAUAGAGUCUACCUUGACGCUGCCGCAACCUCCUCCUUGGGUUGCAUGCCUCCAGGAUGACAGGCCAACGCAUCCUCAUAGAGGAGCAUUGGGGAACUUAGACGAACGCACAGGACUCGUCGAAAUGCGUCUAGGAUUCUGCCACAUAGAAUCAUUGAAUACAAGCGUGACGGCACUGCAUAUGUGGCAUUACGGUAAGAGAGUCGAGAAGUAAGGUUCCUGGCUCUCAUAACGAGGGCUUGAAAGCAUGGUUUGAAGCUGUGCUUCCAAGCCCUCUAGUAAACAAAAAGGUUUGGGGAGUUAAUGAAGAGGGGACAGGGCUGCAGGCACUAAACCUACUUCAAUAAAAUUACAUUGUUAAAGUGCAUACAGUGUACCUUCAAUGAUAGUGCAUGAUCAAAAUAUAAUUUUGCUUCUUUAUAAAUAAAUGGUAAAAGCCCACUACUUUUAAAAAUUGAUAUUGCAGAACUAGGAAAAGUGCAGAGGCAAGCUACAAAAUUAAUUAAAGGGAUGGAAAAUAUUAGAUCUGACGUAAGGCUAGAAAAACUUAAAGGGACACUGUAGGCACCCAGACCACUUCAGCUCAUUGAAGUGGUCUGGGUGCUGUGACCCUUUGCACUUAGUGCUGCAAUGUUUACAUUGCAGUUCUAAGUCUGCCGUCUGUGGCUGUCUACCAGGCAGUCACUGGGGGCACUUCCAGAAUCUUUUGGUCCGUUAUCUGACGCUGGACGUCCUCACAUCCUCCAGCGUCAGAUUUUCCCCAUAGGAAGCAUUGAAUAAUGCUUUCCUAUGGGAGGUCUAAUGCGUGUGCAGCCAUUGCUGCGCAUGCGCAUUAGGACGUCAGCUGUGGGGGGAGGGAGCGUGGGCAGAGCCUGACCCAGCGCUUAGGGACAUCAGCGCUGGAUUUAGGUAAGGGGCUUUAACCUCUUCAGCCCCGCGGUAGUGGGUGGGGGUCCUAUUAAGCCUAUAGCGCCAGGAAAACUGUUUUCCUGGCACUAUAGGAUCCCUUUAAUUUGUUUUAUUUAGAAAAAAAAAAAAAGGUGAAUCAGAGGGCAUGUGAUAGCACCUGUGCAGAUAUAUGCAGGGUUAGUAAAAACUGCUGUGUGCUUACCUGUUCAUUAGUAGGAAUAUACAAUAGACGGGAGGUCACCCAUUGAGACAGCAGAGCACAGGGUUCUUUUCAGUGAGAACAAUAGAUAUUUAGAUUUCUCUAUCUAAUGGGGUUUUCUGAUUCUAUAGAUACUUUUGAAAAUACAUGGAUGCUUUUAUCUAAACAGAGAAUAUUCAAGUAUAUAAAAGAUAUAAUUCAAAUGGAUGGAGACAGGUUGUGGAUCCAAGGAGAAAUCUGAUUGCCAUUAUAUAGUCAAGAAAGAUCCUAUGCCUUUUUGUGGCAUAAUUGGAAAUGUCUUCAAUUAGGGGAGGGGAGGCUCUUCUUUUGGAUCAAAGAAUGGAUCUCAAGGUUGAACUUGAUGGGCUUUAGUUUUUUUUCCAACCUAGAUUACAAUAUAACAAUAGCAACUUUGCUGCUUAUUAGGACCUUGAUAAAGUCCACUAUAGGACUGAACUACCCAGGACAUAGUUGAAAACGAGAGAAAUCUCAAUGUAUCUUUCCUGGUAAAAUAUUUUAUAAAUAAAUAAAUAAAUAUUGAACUUAUUGCUGUGACACUGAAUCUGCUUCAAUGAAGGCAGUUAUAAUUACCUGAAAUCUGCCCUGUGAGUGCUUUUUUCAUUUGUUUGUUUUGUUUACAUACUAUAUAUUUAUAUAUAAUCAAAAUACACUUGGAAUGGAAUUUAAAAUAUAUAUAUUCGCAUCACAAGUGCAUAUUAUAUGUAUAUUGAUGUAUAUUAUAUAUUAUAUUUUUUCCUGUGAGUUUGCCACAAGUUUUUGGAGGGGCCUGUUUGCCAGCCACCUACCCUGUGACUAUGGCCCCUGCAAUAGACCUGGCUAAAAUACUUUAACCCCUUAAGACCGUAGGGCGUUCUAUGCCGUCCUUAAGGAAGCGGCUCUAAACGCAGCAGGGCGGCAUAGAACGUCCCUGGGAGCCAAGGAAGUCCCCCUCCUUCCUCUUCGGUCCCUCUGGGCCAUGUGAUCGCGAGGUCCUUGUGAGUGCCUCCCCCUGCUGUCUGAAAAAAAAAAAAAACACGUUAAAACAGUGUAAAAUUAAAUAAUAUAUACUUAGAUUAUAUAUAUAUAUAUAUAUAUAUAUAUAUAUAUAUACACAUACACUGUCAGUGUAUUUUAAUAUAUAUAUUCAUAUCAAAGUACACGUACAAUGAUAUUGGCUAAAUAUAUAUACAAUUAUCAUUGUAUAUAUAUUUAUAUAUAAUAUAAAAUAAACAAAUAUGUAAAUACAUUAAAAAUAAUUAAAAAAUAUAUAUACAUGUGUAAUUUCGUUCUAAUUGUAUUUUAAAAUUAAUAUAUAUAUAUUGAUAACAAAAUACAUGUAGAACAAAAUAAUAUAUUUCUAUAUACAUAAGUAUAUACAUAUAUAUCACUAUAUAUAAAUAAAAAUAAUUUUAAAAAAUAAAAUAUAUAUAUAUAUAUAUUCUACGUAUAUAUUUAUGUAAUAAUUUUACAUAAUUAGGUCAUUUUAUUAAUUACAAUUUGCAGGACCUGCCUGACAACCCAGGCCGAAAGUUCAGGGGAUUUAAUUUGCUAGCACUAUAUAUAACCCUGUAAGUUUCCAAGACACCAUAAAACCUGUACAUGGGUUGUCUACUUUUGCAAAUGGUAUGCCAUCAUGGGGGUAAUUCUCAUUCAUGGGCUACCAUACGAUCUUAAAGGCAACGUAACCAAUCUGGCGAAUUUCAAUGUGAAAAAAAUGAAAAAUUUGACCCUGUAACUUCCCAAAACACCAUAAAACCUGUAUAUAGGGGGUACUGUUUUACACGUGAGACAUCGCUGAAUACAAAUACGUGUAUUUUAUUGCAGUAAACGCAAACAGUAUUUUGACAUUCACAGUUAAAAUGUCUCGUACAACUAAGAAAAUUUAAAAAAAUCUUCUCUCCCAUUUUUUUUAUUUUAUUCAUAUUCAAUUAUGUUCCAUACCUAAAUAUUUGAUGUUAAAUGAAAGCCCUGAAUAAAAUGAUAUAUAAUAAGUGUGGGUGCAUUUAAUAUGAAAGAGGUGAAUUACGGUUAAACAGACAUAUAGCGCAAAUGCCAGGUUUUGUUUACGUUUUGUUUUGAUCACAACUUGUACAUUUGGCUGUGGUCUUAAGGGGUUAAAAAGGCUCUGUUAAUGUGAAGUAUGUACUUUUGUACUCCAGACAGAGAGACCGACCGUUUGCACUAAUUCUCUGGAACGGUUUUGGGCAUGGGACCAUGUGCACGAUUGAUCAAAAAUAAGACUUUGUAUAUGUUGGUCACCCAGAUCAGGGCUAUCAGGGGGUGUAACAUUUGUGGGGUUUUAUGUAUUUUUUGGGUGUUUUAAAAAAGUAUGUUUUUUCUGUCCUUGGAGAUACUUGGAUUAGAAUUAGUACAGUUACUGAUCCAAUUAUCUCCCAAGCAGAGUGGAGGGAUUGUGUGCGAUUGUCUUACAUUGUAAAUGUAUUAUUAUUGGUUUGUAAGUUUGUGUCCCUGUCCCCAACACAGUCCAUGUUGGGGACUUGCAUAAAAGGCCAGUGUGGCUCCCAUUAAAGAGAGAUUUGUUUACCCCUUCAUGAAGUCUUGGCUCAUGUUUGGGGGAUUGGAGAACUACAUUCACUGGGGAUUGCUAUAUCACAAUACUCCCCUGAGUAUAAUCACUAGCUCUUAUAAGAGCCGUUUCUGCUACUUCUGUGGACUAGGAGAGGUCUACCCACUGGAAGCUGGAUCCUGGUCUUGGGUCCAGGGUGGGUGGAGGACGGCGAGACCCCAACCAAGCUACGGCGGUUCGUGGGGUCUAUGGUGGUUAUGGUGUUCGAGUACAGUGCUUAUGGUGCUCGCAAGUACUAGGAAGCAGCGAUUGACGGAGGUACCCAGUCGGGGUGCCAGGCGGUCCGUCACAAUAUGGGAAGGGGAAGGGGUUAAAAUACAUUGUUUGUAUUAACAUUGCUGUUCUCUAAGCAAUGAAAAACAUUUAUUUAGUUUGUUUUUCAUUUAUAGUAAUUAUUUGUUACCAUGUUGAUUGUUUCAGGAAUGAAUUUAAACAUUUCCAGAAGAUGACCAUGACACCAACAGUUGAAGGUAACUCAUUUGUCACAAAACUUUGAAUUAUAACUAGUUAAAAUUAAAAAGUCAAAAAUAUCUGAUAUGGAAAAUUACUAUAACUGCGUUAUAGUCACGGAGUCUCUUAGGCUAAAUUUUGCCAUUCCGGUUUAUAUCAUCUACAUUCCAAACUUUACUGAAUUUCUGGUCCCUGUGUAAGAGAUGAAGAAGCUACAUCUGUGUAACUGUCUCAGAGCUUGGAUCAGUAGUAUUGCGGGACAUUUUUAUUAUGCCCAGUGCUUCUUAGAAGUGAGCCAUAUGCUCAAGUGCCAUAAGAUGUCACUGUGGCAGCACUUCUGUUAUGAAUUGCUUCCAAUGGAGCACUUCAAACACCAUAACUUCCAGUUUAUUGUGGAGUUUAUGGUACUAGGAGACUGUGCAGCAAUUUUCAAGCUAUUUGACACAAUCCAGGUUGAAUACCCAGCACCCUAAGUUUACUUAUUUGAUAUCCGUCAGAUAUAUUUGACGGAUAACAAAGAAGUAAACUUAGGGUGCCAACACUUGUAGAAUGUGAGUCUAUAUUGUGUUCUUACAUAGUAUAAUGAGAGACUGUUUUCCCCGGGGGUAGAGCAGGAAUUUAAAGCGGCAAAUGGGUUAAAUGCAACUCUGCAUGGCCGAAUCCUUCGGUACCACAGUGCUCACAUGUUCUUACUUCCAUGAUGUAAGUACCAUGCACAAUGGAUGGUCAUGCUUUACAUACAUUUUGGAUGUAUAAUAAGGAUUUGACUUCCAUUUUGAUGCUUCCAGCUAACAGGGUGUACUUACUGUGCCAAGGAAUGCUAACCUUUUUGUGAAAGUGUUCAAAAAGGGUUAUUUGGAGCUCUAGUGGGUAUGCUACUUGGAUUGUCUCUGUUAACCUCUGAUCUCUAAUUCUUGUAUUACUUUGUUUACAUAGGCAAGCAAAAUGUUGUGAUAAUGGGGAGAAAAACAUGGUUUUCUAUUCCGGAAAAGAAUCGACCUUUAAAGAACAGAAUCAACAUAGUGCUAAGCAAAGAGCUAACGUAAGUCAACUUCUUUUGUUCCCAGCUAUUUGUUUAAGGAGAAUAUAGUUCAUUUUAGGUUUUUGUGGUCUAUGUCUGAAAAAAAAAUCCCCCCCCCCCAUGUAAAAGGUCUAGCAAAUAAUUAACAGAGCAGGAGAUAUGAAAUUCCAAAUUAAGCAGAAUUUGCAAUAAAUGAAGUAUAAACAUUAGAUCUCUCUUUACAGGAAGUCUUUAAGAAGGCUGUGCAAGUCACAUGCAGAGAUGUGUGACUAAGGCUGCAUAAACAACAUGAUUUAACUCCUAAAUACCAGAUAAUUGAGCAGUGAGACUGCAGGGACAUGAUCUAUAUACCACAACUGCUUCCUUAAGCUAAAGUUGUUUGGUGACUGUAGUAUUCCUUUAUUGCACGUUUUCACUAGGCUUUAUCAUUAUGACAGCACUUGAAGGGCACCCAACUAACACAGAAGAAAAAACAAAGUGGAACUUGUAGUUUUUGGUUUCUUUGUUAGCUUGUUUUUGUUUUUAAUAAAUAUUUAGUCCAGGGAUCGACAAAUUCUGGGUCGCCAUGGCAACUAGGAAUUUCGUUCUGGCAACUGGGAUUUCUGAGCCCGUUCCCUCGGAGGUGGGCGGGCAUCAGGCUGCUCGAACUGUAGACAAACAGUGAUCUUUCUGCUGCUGGAGCCGAAAAUUACGUCACUCUGGCCCAGCAUCACUUAACAGCGCGUGAUGGAGCAAAGCAUGAAGAUCACAGCUCCCUCGCCGCCUGCCUACAAUACGCGCAUGCGGCCACUCGUCUCCAUUCUCCAUCAGUUGGCUGCCUGCUGGACCCCAGGGUAAGCUGAUCCACUUCAGCUCCUGGUAGGGAAACUGGGUGGACUUAAAUUGAAUUAAAGAAAAAACGUUACCUGCGCUCUUUCCAAAUCCCUAUGUAUUUUUAAACAAAAGGGAGGUUUUUAGUUAUCUCCAAUGGCCAUGAGAGGGUAUGCCCACCUGCCACGCCAAGGCAGGUGGGUCCCAACUCCAACCAUUCGCCUUGCUUCCCUGAGCUUCUGGCAAAAAAUAUCUCUAAUGAGACAGAAAGGGGUAUUUUUAUAUAUAUCCCUACAUGCUUAUUAACCCUUAAUUAGAGAUGUCGCGAAAUUCCCGCGAACGGCUCGCCGUGGUUCGCCACGAGCUCCGGUCAGCUGACACAUCCGGGCCAAUCUCCAGCAGACUCUCCCUCCCAGACCCUCCCACCUCCUGGACAGCAUCCAUGUUGAAGCUGCCUUCAACAUGGAUGCUGUCCAGGAGGAGGGAGGGUCUGCUGGAGAUUGGCCCGGAUGUGUCAGCUGACCGGAGCUCGCCGCGAACGGUUCGUGGCGAGCCGUUCGCGGGAAGUUCGCGAACGGUUCGCGACAUCUCUACCCUUGAUAGGGAACACAUGGGAUGGGCAGCAGCAUAGCAACCUAGCUGUGUGAUACAAAAGUGAAUACAAAUACAAAGAAACAAGUCCUAAAUUCAAACUCCUAUUACUCCUGGGUGGCAGCAACGACCAUAGUACACAUCAGCCAAAAUACAUAUAGUAAAAACCAAAGAAAAUUUUUUGCCUGCGCUCUUUCCACAUCCCAAUGAAGCUCAGGGAAGCAAGGUGAAUGGUUGGAGUUGGGACCCACCUGGGAGGUCUGCCUUGACGUGGCAGGUGGGCAUACCCUCUCAUGGACAUUGGAGGUAACUAAAAACCUCCAUUUGUUUAAAAAUACAUAGGGGUGUGGAAAGAGCGCAGGUAACUUUUUUCUUUGGUUUUUACUACACCCUGUUCCAAAUUUUUAUGCAAAUUCUAUUUGUCACAAAGAUUAAAUAUUUUGUUUUUCAGUUUAACACAUGGAUGACAUUGUGUCUCAAGGCUCUUUUGAUCACUGAAAACAAUCUCGACACCUGUGAUAAUUAGAUUGCCAGGUGAGCCCAAUUUAAGGAAAAGCUACUAAAGGAGGGUGUUCCAGAUUAUUAAGCAGAGCACCAUUUUCAUGCAAUAUAGGGAAGAAAAAGGAUCUCUCUGCUGCCUGAAAGUGUAAAAUAGUUCAAUGCCUUGGACGAGGUAUGAAAACAUUAGAUAUUUCACGAAAACGUAAGCGUGAUCAUCGCACUAUUAAGAGAUUUCUGCCAGAUCCAUGCAUCGGAUCAAGAGAGCAGCUGUUAAAAUACCUUUACAUAGCAGCAAACAGAUAUUUGAAGCUGCUUGUGCCUCUGGAGUCCCACAGACAUCAAGGUGUAGAGUCCUCUAGAGUCUUGCAACUGUGCAAAACCUUCUAUUCGGCCACCACUAACCAAUGCUCACAAGCAGAAACGGCUGCAUUGGGCAGAAAAAUACAUGAAGACUAAUUUUCAAACAGUCCUGCUCACUGAUGAGUGCCGUGCAACCCUGGAUGGAGUAGUGGAUGGUUGGUGGACGGCCACCCUGUUCCAACAAGGCUGCGACGUCAUCAAAGCGGUGGUGGAGUCAUGUUUUGGGCUGGAAUCAUGGGAAGAGAGCUGGUCGGCCACUUUUGGGUCCCCGAAGGUGUAAAGAUGACCUCUGCAAAGUAUGUGGAGUUUCUGACUGACCACUUUCGUCCCUGGUACAGAAGGAAGAACUAUGCUUUCCGUAAUAAAAUCAUCUUCAUGCAUGACAAUGCACCAUCUCAUGCUGCAAAGAAUACCUCUGCAUCAAUGGCUGCUAUGCGGAUAAAAGGAGAGAAAGUCAUGGUGUGGCCUGCAUCCUCAAGCAAAAGAUCUACGAGGGUGGGAGGCAGUUUACAUCCAAACAGCAGCUCUGGGAGGCUAUUCUGACAUCUUGCAAACAAAUUCAAGCAGAAACUGUCCAAAAACUCACAAGUUCAAUGGAUGCAAGACUUGUGAAGCUGCUAUCAAAUAAGGGGUCCUAUGUUAAAAUGUAACGUGACCUGUUAAAAUGUUUAAAAAGUUUAAAUGUUAUUAAUUUGAUUGAAAUAGCUUUUGAUUUCAGUAAAUAUGCUGCAAACACAACAAAUGACAAUUUUCAGUUCUUUACAACCUAUAAAGUGUUUUGAAACUUACUCUGCGUAAUAGUGUACUGUAAGUUUUUAUGUUUAAAAAAAAUACUGUUAUCAUUAGGAGGUUUGUUCUAUAAAAUUUAAAUGGUACUCUUAAUAAUUGAUAACAUGAGAAUUAUGCUGACUGUUAUUUACAUCAAUUAUUUAGGUAAAUGAGAAAAAUAUCAUUAGCAUAAUUUGGAACAGGGUGUAUAUGUAUUUUGGCUGAUGUGUACUAUGGUCGUUGCUGCCGCCCAGGAGUAAUGGAAGUUUGAGCGCAGGACUUGUUUCUUUGUAUUUAAAUUGAACUAAAACAUAUAAUAAUGUUCUGUCUGUUUUGAUAGAUGGAUUUGAUGGGCCUAUGUCUCAUUUGUUCAUCACAGCAGUUUGACUGUUCAAAUAAUGGUUAACCCCACAAAGGUUUUCCAUUUGUGAAAGUAGACACUUAAGAGUAUCUUAUAUGGUGUAUAUUGUGUCUUAACCUGAUGCCAUUUGUUUACACAGUACAUUAUUGCUGGACAUUUUGUAAAUUCAUAUGUGCCACUAUGAUCAAACACUUUAAAUUAUGCUCAGUAUACUCUCAACGGCACCUAUUAAGGGGUUGGAUAUAUUAGUGUUGAAAGCCGGAAAAAAAAGGGCAUGUAAAAAAGAUCUGAGUGACUCUGACAAGGGACCUGGUGAUGGCUAGACAACUGGGUCAGAGCAUCUCCAAAAUGGGAAGUCUUGUGGGGUGUUCCCAAUAUGCAGUGGUUAGUACCUUCCAAAAGUGGUGCAAGGAUGGAAAACAAAUGCUACCGAAGACUUGUUGAUGCACAUGGGGAGCGAAGGCUCGUCCGUCUGUUCCAAUCACACAGAAGAACUACUGUAGCUACAAUUGCUAAAAAACUCUGAACCUUACAGAAAGGUGUCAAAAGAAACUGUGCAUCGCAGUUUGCUGUGUAUGGGGCUGAGUAGCCACAGACCGGUCAGAGUGCCCAUAAGACCCCUGUCCACCACUGAAAGAGCCUUCAAUAGGGACGUGAGUGUCAGAACAGGACCAUGGAAAUGUGGCAGAGACUGUGUUAUAGUCUGGGCAAUUUUCUGAUGGGAAACCUUGGAUCCUGGCAUUCAUGUAGUUGUGUUACUUUGACACAUAUCACCUAUGUUAAGAUUGUUGCAGACCAUGUAUACUCCUUCAUAGCAAUGGUGUUCCUUGACUGCUGUGGCCUCUUUAGCAGAAUAAUGCACUAUGCCACACUACAAAAAAUGUUCAGGAAUGGUUUGAAGAACAUGACAAAGAGUUCACGGGGUUGGCUUGGCCUCCAAAUUCCCCAGAUCUCAACCGAAUUGAGCAUCUGUGAGAUGUGCUGGAACUACAAUUUUGAUCCGUGUCGGCCCCACUUCGCAACUUACAGUACUUAAAGGAUCUGCUGCUAAUGUCAGAUACCACAUGUUCAGAGGUCUUCUGGAGCCUAAUGCCUUGACACAUCAGAGCUCUUCUGGCAGCAUGAGGAAACCCACACGAUAUAAGACAGGUGGUUUUAAUGUUGUGGAUGAUCAGUGUUUAGUGUAGUGAACUAUAAUAAAUACAUUUAUAUAGAAAUACGAUUUAUAUGUACGUGAAUCGCAUAAGAAUCUCCGAACAUGGAUAAAUUUCAGAAUAUGAAGGUAAGAAUAUGCAGAAAACAAUCUUGCAGUGCAGGGUGUUACAAUUUCAAUAUGUAAAAUAUAUUUAAAAAAAACAAAAAACCUCACAAAUUAAGAAAAAUAUGUACAAAAACUGAAAUUCCAGAUACCACAGUUCAGUCUGGUUGCUAACUUACUGAUACCAAAAAGAACAGCCUUCAAUAAAACAGACGCUUUGGCUUGGCAUCUGCUACAGAGAGCCGUCCAAUCAAAUUUAGUUUAGCCCCCCUCCUCCCCCACACACUAUUGUAUAUGAUGAUUACAACAUGAGUAGAGAUCCCAAAUGACACAUGUGUGGGUCUCCUCGUGCUGCCAGAAGAGCUCUGAUGUGUUAUAGACAACUGUUUUAUAGCAGCUUUAGUAAAUUAUAUCAUUUAAAAAAAAAAAAAAUUUAUUUUUUUUGCAGAGUUACCCCACAAGGUGCUCACUAUCUCGCCAAAAGUUUAGAUGAUGCUUUAGAGCUAUUGGAGACUCCAGAACUGAAGGACCAAACUGAUCUUGUAUGGAUUAUUGGAGGAAGUUCUCUCUAUAAGGUAAAAUCCAUUCUUUCAAUGUCCAUGCACCAUAAAUACCUAAGUGAUUUGGAGUCUGUAUGUGAAGCAUUCAACUAUGAAAUUGAACUUUGUUUCUGGAAGUGUAACCGUGGUCUGUAACGUGCCAUUUGCAAAAUGUAGCUGAGUAAAAUGGCAAAAAACUGAACUAAUUGGCUUUGAGGAAAUAGCCAAAGUCUAGAUAUUGUAGAUCAGGACUCAAAAUGUUCUACGAAACCAAACAGUUUUAAUUACUCACUGCUAAAGGGUCCAUGGCACUCUAACCAGAGGAGAACUUCUGCUCACGAUGGGUGAAUGUUUUCUCUCCAUACGUUGGUAGACAGUGGAAAUUUUGAGCACUGUUGUAGAUCCUAAUUUCCCCAAAUGUACUGUGGCAAACAAUACCUGGUCGUGAUCCUCAGUGAGCCUAAUUAAAAGGUGUAGGGGUAUGGGCAGAAAAUUCGUCCAUGAAGCCAUCAGCUUUGUGAAGAUGUGAUGUGAUGCAAAUCUCUAGAACACCAUAUUUUAUAUUGAGCUAUAUUUAGAGAGGAACUGUUAUUUCGCAUGAUUUUUAGUAAGUUUACUUAUCUGAAAAUUUUUAAUUAAAGGAUUUUUUGAGGUGUAGAAAAUAAAAUGAAAUGGGAUACGCAACUAUAUUUCCUGCAUCAGGACUGCUACAUCUUAAUCUUCUAUCAGCCAUUGUUAAAAGUUCUGUCUUUUUAGUUUUUUCCACCUGGUAAUCCGCAUAGAGAGAGCAUGCAGAGACAAUGAGAAAGGAAACUGUAGCAGACUUGUUUCCCGAACAAAGACGUACUGGCCCUUUUUAUACCUCCCGAACAUCGUAUAGUCGAACGCAUGUGCUCUAGUGAAUGGCGGCCAUUUUAUCUCCCGAACGCAGGCAGCGGAUCAUGGUCAUCAAGUGUCUGGAACUCAAUUCGUAUACUCGAACCCUGGGGAAACUGUACCACUACCUGCUCCGCGGGGAGCAUUUGCUCCCUAAGAGCCAUGGGGGAGCAUUAGUUGGUGCUCGCACAGGAACUCCCGAAAGUUGACAGGCCGCUGCCUCUUUUUCUCUGGAACUGUUCUGGGCUACCACCUCGUGGCCGGCAGGUCAGAACUUUACACGAAUGGCGAUUCCAUUUCACCAAAUGGAUCUAUUCGGGAAUAUAAGACUUGUGGGGUUCCUGUGUAGUUUGAAUGUAGUUUUUGGGAUGUUUUGUAUAUUUUAUGUAUGGUUCCCUGUAACUGAGAAAUAAUUGAGUUACCGGUCUUUGACUCCAUUAUCUCCCAGACUUAGGGCCGCCUGAAAGGAGUUUGUGUUAUUUUGUAUAGAGACCCCAUGCUGGUGUCUGUGCAUAAAAAGCCGAGUGUGGCACAAUAAAAAUAAGUUGUACUUCCAGAACUGUGUAUUGUCCAGUUACUGGGGAGGGAUAGAGCUAUUCACUUCACAGCACCAAGUUCCAAUUUUCAUGGACUCGGCGGAGAAAAGUCCUUGUCAGGACUGGAACUUUGCUACAGAAACCAUGUUUGUUUCUUCAUGCUCUGUAUCAUCUGGCUGUAACUGAACUGAUCUCGAAUGGCAUCAAAUCAAGUUAGGUGAUUUUUCAGUGUUUUUUGUUCGCUGCUGUAAAUUUGCAGCAAAGGGUCAAUUCCUCUUUAAUUCUCAAAAGGAAAAUGAAUUAAGUAACUGGCUUUUAGAACCUUGCUGUCGGUUACAUUUGGUCUCUGUGAUCUGUAAAUGGUCAGGUUCCUUUACUCCCCUUACUACCCUUUUUCAUGGAAUCUUUGAAAAAUACUCCGGUAUUGUAUAUUUGAGGUAUCAGGUUGUAGUUCUAUUUUUAUCUGUUCCAUGUAUUGAAAGUCUCGUAUCUUAUUAUAGGGGCCGUGACAUUUAUAGGAAUAGCCAGAGUUAGACUUCAUUUAAUUUACAUUCUUUUUGGACCUUUUUAUAUAAAAUCGCUCUAGAAAGAGUGCUUGCCAGCCAAACACUCCACAGUGAAGGGGUUAUAAUUACAAUGAUUUAUAUAGUGCCUACAUAAGACCAAGACAAAUAACUAAUUCAGUAGGGAAAGAGGGCACUGCCCAAACAAGCUUACACUCUAAAAAAAGGAGUACUGUAAGCCCACUGCUGCCAGUUCUAGUAUUUAUGCUGCCAGUAUGACAUUGGCACUUUGCCCUGUUUCUGUCUAUAACCGUUUUCGAGCACCAGGAGACUGUCACUUCGCUUGCCUCACAGAAAAUUUUAAGAACUAUUACUGCUUGACAUCUGUGUUUUGCCCAGUACUGAUUGCAACAAAUUGUUAGAACAUAUUGGUUUGCAGAAUAAAAUCUCUUUCAGGAAAUGUGUCAAGUGAUUCCCCUCCUAACGAUUCCCUAAAAUUAGUCUAUUAAAAAAUAAUGAAUUAACAGUGCAAGAGUCCCAGAUUAUAGGAGAUUGUCAAGAAGUGCCUUUUUGCCAAAGCAUUGAAACAAUUGAUGUUGAAAUUUAAAGAGUACCGAUUGAAAUGUAAACUAUAUGUCACAGCUUGUCUGCUUCAACUUUUUCAGUUUUCUUAUCAGUUUACUGCACUAUUCUGCAAAUAAAUUGCUUUCUGUUGUUCACUAAUCAUUUAGAUUCAAAGGAUGUGUCCUAAAUUUAUCAUCAUCUGAUUUGACACCUUCAAAUUGAUCCGAUUUGGAACAUCUGUGAACCAAACAAAAAUUCUUCUGAAAUAGCUUAGAAUAGUAUAGGAUUUCACUCCACAACAUUUUCCAAAGUAAAUUUUAUCAUCAAAAAUGGAAAACAAAAAAACAGAGGUUCACAUGGACCGACCGGUUCUCGUUCCUCACCUCAUGCAGGUGAGUGUGUGUGUGUGUGUGUGUGUGUGUGUCAGAAGGGGGUGGGAGAUGACUAAUAUCCUUGGUUCUUCUCAAUCAAGCAGCAGUGUGUGGACUGUUGUGUAUAGCAAGCAGGACACCAUGCAACCCAGCCUGGUCUACUUCAUAUUUUGAUACUCUGUGUGCUGGCGGCUGUGGAUGUAGUAAUGGAUUGAUAUAAAUUAUGUAUUCCUACCUGUUCUUCCUUUCUAAUAAAUAUGCCUCCCUCUUUCUGUAAUAGUGUCAUAAGUUCUAUUAGCAGUGAUAAUGUGAACUCUACAAGGGAAAUGCACUCUUUUCAUCUUCAGGUAGCUUUAAAGUAGUGAGGAAAUGCUGAUUGGUCAAGCUGGCUUUUGGCCCCACCCGCCUCUUUGACAACGUCAGCCAAUCCAAUGCUUUUCCUGAUGGAAAGUAUUGGAUUGGCUGAGAUCAUCAAUUUUGAUAGCCAAGAAGGCAGAUCGGGGUGGGGGCCAGCACUGAUGGACCCGCACUGUGCAGUAAAUAUGGUAAGUUUUCUUACCUUUACGGGCAUGCAAACCACCUAAAUGGUGGUUUGAACACUAUAGGGUUAGCAAUACAUGUUUGUGUUUCUAACCCUAUAGUGUUCCUUUAAAUUACAUUAAACAACCAACAUUUUAUAUAAAUCAAGACAGGACAUUUUGUUUUAUUUGUAAAUUACAUAGAUACACACAUAAAGAAGAGCAUUUAAGAUAAUUUUAGUAUGACAAAACCCCAUAUCUGGACUUUGAUACCAAAUACUUUUGGCCCAAUAAUUCGGAUGGGAGCCAGAUAUUUAAGUGCCCUGUUAGGUGGCCGCCAUUUAGAUACUUAUUCGCCACCAGAUUGGUCGCUCUGAUACCAGCUAUCCAGAUAUGUAAAUUAUGUGGGGGUUUGAACAUGUUUAUUAUGCAUUGUUUCAUAUUUUCAUAUUUCUAUCAUUUCUGCUGAGUCACGAUAACUCAAGCUUUUUCAUGUGGGCGUGUUGUGGGAGUUCCCGUGGGUGUGUGUUAUGUAUAAAGACUUGCAUAAAAGCCAUCCCUUUGGCCCGAAUAAAACAUUCCUUUUGUACCCUUCAUCUAGUUCAGACUGAUGUUUGGGUAUGCGAUUGCUGUGUUGCGGUGUUUGUCCUGUGUGCUCACUAGGAUUUCGGUAACGGUCGACUCAGCACUCCAGGCGAACAAGGCUAUAAUCACAAAGUCCCUAGCCGAUUCGGGAGUGUCUGGAAGAACAGGUAUUCGGGAUACCAGCGUUCUUAACAUGUUGGUUAAUAAAAAAAUUCCUGCGUGUGUUUAUAAAACUGCAAUUUCAAAAGCUGUAUUUGCACUAGUAUUGGAUAAUGCUCUUCUGUGUUUUCUGUGAAAAUAUCUUUGUUGUUAAUUAUAAUUUAACAUUUUCUGCCCUUUUUAUUUCUUUAUAUAUUUUUCUCAGUUCAAUAGAUUUUGGGAUAAAAAAAGGAGGCUAAAAGGUCAGUUUCUACAUGAUAUUUUUUCAUAAGCUCUUUCACGCUUCUUUUCACACUGAGCUUAUUAGUUUUAGAGAAAAGAAGCCUAUGUGGGCUGCAAAUAGAACGGAAACAAGAAGUGUGUUUCAAGAGUGAUCCCUAUUAAGAUCAAAAGCAUAAAAUGAAAAUAACUAUUUGUGGGGAAUAGUACUUCUGUAGUAAUCAGCUUAUUUAGAUUAAUAUUUCAAUUAAAGAAACUAAUUUAUUAGAGAGCUAUGCAGAUGACUCCUAUUGUUUUUAAAAUACAUAGGCUUGCAAGCACAAAAUAGAACAACGCUUUAGUGUUUUCUUUGUGAGAUUAUAUUUAUAGCAUGAGUUUCAUGUAUCUUUUUUUUUAAGUAUACACAAUGAGUUUUAGUCACUGAAAGUCAUGAUUUGGAACAAGAUUUUUUUAUUUAAUUUUUUUUAUUGCACGUUUUAAAAUUGUAAGAUGUCCUAAAGCAGCUUUCUCACCUGGAAUCUUUGCAUUUUUUGCAAAGACCCAGGGUGCCUUUUUGUGUGCACUGGCCACCGGGUACUGUGGAGGUAAGAUAUACUCCCCUAAUGUUGUCCCUGUGGAUGUUGCUAUCUUCUUUCAUCAGCUCCUGCCAUUUCACCUGCCAAGACCCCAUGUCAGUGCUGUACUCUCACGCAUGCAUGAGAGCACAACACUAAUGUCUAUGGAGGAGACCGCCCGGAGUCCCCAUAGACAAUGCCUCCAGUGACGACUGGGGAAAUAACAAAACUUGACAGUAGAGAGUCAGCCUUUUUUUUUUUAGAUUUUGUCAAACGGAGGAAAAAUACAUAAGUCAAAUUAGUUCCUACUUAGUCUUAUAUCUUUUGACUGCAUUGAAAUUCCAACGCUGUAAAUUAUUAUUUUUUUAUUAUUUAUGUAGCGCCAGAAAAAUCCUUAGCGAUGUACAAUGGUUGGACUAACAGACACGUAAUUGUAACCAGACAAAAGGACUUACACGAACAGAGGGCUUGAGGGGCCUGCUCAAUGAGCUUACAUGCUAGAGGGAGUGGGGUAUAGUGAUACAAAGGGUAUAAGUAGGGGUAAUGAAAUAGGUUGCUAGAAAAGUAUUCACUGAGAAGUAGGGGUAACGAAAUGGGUUGCUAGAAAAGUAUUCACUGAAAACUAAGUUCAUUUUUGACAGUUGCAAGAGAGGAGUCAUGGGGGAGGGAGAAUGAAAACCAGCUAACAGUUUAAAUGAUAUGAUUUCCUGAUGAAGUGUGUUUUCAAAGAUUUUUUUGAAGGAGUAGAGACUGGGUGAAAGUCUAUCGGAGAAGGGAAGGGAGUUCCACAGAAAAGGUGCAGCCCUGGAGAAGUCUUGGAGGCGAGCAUCAGAUGUGGGAGUACGGACAGAAGAUAGACGUAGGUCUUCGGCAGAGCGCAGGGGCCUCGAUGGGACGUGUUUGUGUAUUAGGGAGGAUGGGUAGGUUGGAGCAGCGUCAUGUAGGGACUUGUAAACAAGCACCAGAAUCUUAAAUUGAAUCUAACUGGAAGCUAAGGUAGGGACUGACAGAGGGGGGAGGCGUGGGAAGUGCGGGCGGACAGGAAAAUGAGCCUUGCCACCGUCUUCAUUAUAGAUUGCAGUGGUGCAAUCUGGGAACACGUAAGACCACCGAGAAGGGGAUUGCAGUAGUCAAGGCGAGAGAGGACAGUGGCAUGGACCAGCACCGUAGCCGCGUCUGGUGUUAAAUAGGGGCGAAUGCGAGCUAUGUUUUUGAGAUGGAAGCAGCAGGAUUUGGUGAUAAACUGGACAUGAGGGGUUAAGGAGAGGUCGGAGUUAAAGAGAACACCUAGGCAGGUGAUGGUGGCGCUGUUGACUUGGGGGGAGACAGACACUGGAGUAGCAACACUUGAGGGAGGAAAGACCAGAAGUUCUGUUUUGGACAGGUUGAGUUUUAGGAAGUGAGCAGCCAUCCAAUUGGAAAUCGUGGAGAGGCAGUCAGAGACAUGAGUCAAGAUGGGCGGAGAGAGAUGAGGAUAGGACAGGUAGAUUUGUUUGUCAUCUGCAUAUAAAUGAUAAUGGAAGCCAAAGGAGCUGAUGAGUUUACCAAGGGAGGCAGUAUAGAUAGAGAACAGGGGACCAAGGACAGAACCUUGGGGAACGCCAACAGAGAGGGGUUGGGGAGAAGAGGUAGAGCCAGAGAAAGAAACACUGAAAAAGCGCUGGGAGUGGCAGGAGGAGUACCAGGAGAGAGCAGUAUCUCGUAGACCGAGAUUACAGAGAAUGAGAAGAAAUUGUUGAUGAUCAACAGUGUCAAAGGCAGCAGAAAGAUCAAGGAGAAUAAGGAUAGAGUAAUGCCCGCAAGAUUUAACAGCGAUUAACCCCUUAAGGACAUUUGACAUGUCAUGAUUCCCUUUUAUUCCAGAAGUUUGGUCCUUAAGGGGUUAAAUCGUUGGAUACUUUGGUCACCUGUUUCAACAGAGUGAUGAGCGCGGAAAUAUAUUUAUUGAUUGGUGCUGUGGGGGGAUUUGACAGUCUCUUUAAAAUAUCCAUGUUACGAUGUGUGGAUCGCAGCAAAUUUAAAAGUUCUUAUGAGAACAGCAUGUGUGAGAAAUCUAGGCACAAAUGAAUGUUAAAAUAAAAUCUGUGGUAAAUUUGGGGGAAAAGCAUGAUUCUUCUCAAUUCUUUAUAAUUUUAUGUUUAUUAUUUAUUUUGAGUGAGUUAAAAUACUUACCUCAUGUGUGACAAUAAGCUGCUACUUUGCUUUGCAAUGGUAUGGAGGGUUCAAAAUGUCAACUCUGACUUCCUUAAUCUUUGUUGCUAAAUCAUCGCCUUUGUGGUAAAGACUAGACUCGUUAUUUGUUUGAAAAAAAUUCCUGAUAAUCGAUAUGAAUGAAUUCCAAAUUGAUCUUACUUGUACAGGUAAAACGAUUCAAAAUCGUUUCGUUCAACAAUCACCGUGAAUUUUAUUUGGACGAACCGUCUAGUUUAGUAGCGACUAUAAAUAUGCAGCAAAACACGUUCUUAGCUCACUCCCACAGGCUUGAAAUACUCAGAUGAUCUUCAUGUCUUUUGGGCAGUGUUUUGCCCUGUUUACUCGAAGAUGUCAUAUAGUUGAAGGAUAUUUGCAAUGUUAAAUAACUUUUAGUCCUGAUAUAUUGCUAUGAUUAGACCAACUGCUAUUACAGUAAGGAAUGGUAGAAGUCUGAAAUCCACUAUAUGUCAGAGCUGGAAGGGGGAAUUUAUUUCAUUAGAAAGGGUACUUCUAGAAUGUUACUAACUUCCAAGUACCAUCGGGCAUAUGGCUGUUAUUACCCUACUUAAAGGACCACUAUAGUGCCAGGAAAACAUACUCGUUUUCCUGGCACUAUAGUGCCCUGCGGGUGCCCCCUCCCUCAGGGUCCCACUCCUGCCAGGCUCUGGGGGGAGGAAUGGGUUAAACUUACCUCUUUCUCCAGCACCGGGCGUGGAGCUCUCCUCCUCCUCUCCUCCCUCUUCUUCCGUCACCGGCUGAAUGCGCGGCAACAUCCACGCGAGCAUUCAGCCAGUCCAUAGGAAAGCAUUCUCAAUGCUUUCCUACGGACGCUUGCGUUUUUUAACAGUGAGAAGCGCGGAAGCGCCUCUAGCAGCUGUCAAUGAGACAGCCACUAGAGGCUGGAUUAAACCAUAGGUAAACAUAGCAGUUUCUCUGAAACUGCCAUGUUUAUUAAAAAAAGGGUUAAACCUAGCUGGACCUGGCACCCAGAACACUUCAUUAAGCUGAAGUGGUCUGGGUGCCUAUAGUGGUCCUUUAAUGCUGCUUAUAUUAUCAUCCGCAGAAGUACGAAAAUCUGUACUGACCUUUCCAGGAAUCUAAAAUGUUCAUCUAAGAUGCAGCAGCUGUUCACCUAUUUAAACUGUCUUAAACUGUCUUAUAUGUACAUGACACAUAAGAUGUUACAUUUUGUAAUUGCCAAACUGUACUCUCUAGGUUUUACUAUUGUUCUACACUUUUUUUUUUGUUUUUGUUUUUUUUUAUAUAAUAUCAAAUCGGUAAACUGUGAAUGGUUGCCAUAAAUAGAACACUGUCCAUAUUUGGCGCAUCCACCAACUAAGGCUCUGAUUUAAUAUUUUUCAAUAUGUUUUUGGAAUGAUUUCAUAUAAUAAAACAUAUGUUAACAUUUUGAUAUUCUUUUUUUUAUAUAUUUGUGUUUUUUUGAUAGUUUAAUAGUUUAAUAUUUUUUAUUAUAGCUUUUUUGUAAUUCUUUAUUUUUGACGUGCACAGAAUAACAAAUAGGCUUGUGAUGCCACAACAGCGAAGCAAACACAAUAGUGUCAAAUAUAGUCAAACAUGAGCAUGGCAAAGAAAUAGAGGCACAUUGUUUUUAUAAACGGAGGUAACAUAUAGUUGUGAGAACCCACACAUGGGUAGACCUGGUUUCUGUUAGUUAUACCAGGGCAGAUUCGGACAGUAUCUGGUUCAUGGCCUUUAAGAGUGUUUCUAUGGCUAUAUGUGUCAGGUUGCAAACGAGUCUGAAGCCAAAACCUUGCGUGCCUGGUAAGUAGACUGCCAUAGCUUAUGCUAUUUUAGUGUGGAGCUUAAGGCCAGUGAGUAAGAUAAGACAACCUAAGGGAGUGGAUAAUGGGUUCUCAAGCACCCAUGUGUAGGUCGCAAUAUUUGUAGGAUAUUUUGAGUUGCUUAUGAAAGAUUAAGAAGCUCCAUGUUCCUGGAGAUUAAGGGGGGAGGAGGGAAUCAAAGAGCAGUUAUGUAAAGGGGUGAGGAGGGCAGCGGGACCAGUAGGUCAUGGUAUCCGAUAGCGGUAAAACCACAUACCUAGCUUGGUCUAAAUCUUAAUUUUCAUAAUGGUACAAACAUAUAAGAAGAGAAACAACAAAAAUUAAAUAAAGUAGUGAUGGUGAAUUAAGCGCCCUUCUAGGUAGCUUCAACCCAGGGCGAUGAGCCUGCUGGAGUCACAUUAGCCACAUCCCACUGAUGUGUCGCAGGAGCAGAGAGUUCCAGUGACUGCUGGAAUAUGUCCGCUUUAGAUGUAGAUGUCAGUCGAUAGCAUAGGCCAUCUUUUUCAGCUAUGAGGGCUCUCAGGUAUCCCCAGUUGUAAGUGAUGGCGGCUGACUGUAGCUGUGAGGUUCCCCCCAUUCAGUGAUGUGCGCCACUGCAGCGCUGGGCGGCUGAGGUUUUGAAAAAAACUUAGUGUUCCUCAAAAAUAUAUGGCGUUGAGCCCUUGACUGCCUUCAGGAGUAUUUCUUCAUCAGACCUUGAUUUGAAGUAUAAAAUUACAUAUUUUUGCUGAUUUUGGCACUAAGCUGCGCACACGUGUUGGUGACUUCCAGAAGUUGCGCUGCUGUCGAAUCUUGUUUCUCUGUGAGCCUUAUACGUCCUGUCAGCGUGCCCAAGUCUUCCCUCAGCACCGCCAUCUCUGCGAGGAAGAAGGCUUUGAGGUCUGUCACCAUUGAGGUAAGAUCUAUUUUGGAAGCUAGUGGAGGUUCGGGUCGUGGUUGUGCCCUACUUCCGACAGUUCGAGGUCCUCGUCAUCCGAAGCCGAGAGAGUGUCUUGUGGUGAGUUGGGCCGUAACUCCGCCAUCUUGACAUCGCUGUCAUAAGAGCAUGCCAAUAUCUCGAGUUUGGCUCUCGAUAAGCUCUCUGGAUUUUUGGAAAUGCUUUCCUAUGGUGUACUGGUGCCCAGUAAGCUGUUUCCAAGGCCCAGGUAUGUGGCAAAUCUGCUUUAAAGCAAUGUUCAGCAGGAGCUGAGGUGACAUGCGUCUAGUCUGAUCGCUGGUUAGCUCCGGGCCCCCAGUAUAUAGUUUAAUAUUUUGAAGGGGGAAAAAAUCACUAUAAAAGUUUUAUCCAAAAAUUUAAAAUUAAGGCCUAAGAUUUCUUUAAUACUCCACAAUUGAGUGAAUAUUUGAUUUGAAGAGUUAAAAAAAAAAAAAAAAAAAAUGUGGAUGACUUGAACGACAUAUGUUGGUUUAUGCACAACCCAGCUGCUAACUAAAAAUAUUUUUUAAUUGACAUUGUGUGCUCAGGCUGUUGCUCUUACACAUAAUUUUCUUAAAGCAGUACUGUCGCUUUCCAGUAUUUUUACUAUUGUUUGUCCUCCAUACACAGCAAAUAUAUUUUUGUUAGGUCUGAAAGAAUAAAAUUCAAAAUAGUUAUUGAGUGCCUCAAUUGUGGUUCACUGUCAGUUGUAGGUAUAAGUACCCAUAGAACAUAGUUCGUGAGUAGGUGUGAAACAAACCGUUCUUCUGGUCUCAUUUGCAUUAUGUGUAAAUUCUGCGGCUACUAACAUAACUUAAGUACUUUUGAUAGAUUUUGCUUUUUCUUCAAUCAAUGUUCCAUGAUCUCUGCAAAGCCAGUGCUUUCCUAUGGGAGGCUAUUGCGCAUGCAUGACAACACCGAGCUGGCCAGUCAGCAUCUCCCCGUAGAGGUGCAGUGAAUCAAUGCAUCUCAAUGGGGAAUGUUCAGCGUCUCCUUUGAGAGCACGGAGACGCUGAAUGUCAGUGCUGCACACUGUCUAUCACUGGACUAGGAAGCACCUCUAGUAGCCAUCUGAGUGACACUAGAGAUGUUACUAGGCAGUGUUUACAUUAAAAAGCCUGCAGGGACAGGCUAUACCGCCCAGAACCACUACAUUACAGUGUAGUGUUUCUGAUGACUGUAGUGUCCUUUUAACCAUACCUCCAGUGGGGAUUAAGGAGCGUCACUCAGUGACCGCUCCACUCUGAAAUUUGUGGAAAAAAAUAGAAUUAAUGUGUAGUAGAUACACCCCCAAUUAAUACAUGUACGCAUUAUAGAAAAUAAGUACUUUGAGAAGCUGGAAAUAAAAUAGGAUGUUCCUCACCAUAUGAGUGUGUAGUGGUUCUUUAAACUUCUUGCAAAUGGUUUAACAAUGAAUGGAGGGACAGCACCAUGGGACUCCAAGCACUGUAUACAGUUCAAUGAGAUGAAAUGGUUAUAGUGCCUAACGUGUCUUUUUAAUGGGGUAGGGAUAUACUGCAGAAAUGGAUCAUCUCAAGAAUAAAACACUUUAACACAAGUUAUGAUUUUCUCUGUCUUAUUUAAUGGUGUCGUUCCCGAAGAAGUGACACUUCUGCUUAAAAUAGUGUUUGCGAUGUGUCACUUAAGAGAAAUGACCACUCGGAAGGCUUCAGAAUCCAGAAUUGUACAGAAAAUAUUACAGUGAAAAGGUUUUGUUUUUUUAAACCUGUGUUUAUCACUCUUCUCAAAGAUUGUACCAAAGGGUUUUUUAGUUGUUUUCUCUUUAAUACAAGACAUUUCUGUCUACCUGAGAAACAACUUCUCCCAGUGCAGACAUCCACAGUUUGAGACGCGUGGGUAGCUUCUUUUCCAUGGAUACAAACUACCUGCAGGGAGUUAAAAAUGACUCACGCAAACUCUCAAUUCAAACUAACGUGAAUUAAUUUCUUUAUAUAUCUUUUCUUCUAGUUACACGUUUGCCUUUGGGCUUUUGUCUAAUUACAUUUAAAGAAAAGAUAACAAAAAACUAUUGCACUUCCUACUCUUAUCUUGGCGUUAAAUGAUUCUAAUACAUGUACUUUAAUUUUCAUGUGUGUGGUUUUUAUUUAUUUAUUUAUUUUAUUCAAACCGGUUGUUAUGAAACCUCUUUUAUUAGUAUUAUUGUACAUUGGCAAAUUGUUUAUCAUGCUGUCCCCGUUUUCAGGAAAUUUAACUUUACUGAUGUUUGGUUUUCAAGAAACAUGGCAGAGUUAUAAAUACAUACAUUUAUUUAUAAAACUGGUAUGUUGUGGGUAUUACUUGGCACCCUUUGCUGUAAAAUAAUGAGUUGAUUUUUUUUUUCUUGAGCAGUCAAAAUAUUUGUUUUAUACAUUUAAUGUAACAUUAUAGUGUUAGGAAUACAAAUAUGUAUUCCUAACGCUAUAGUACCCUAGUUUUCUAUUAGCUGACUAGGCCUGUGCUGCCUGUGUAAAAAUGGUGAUUUAUUUACCUUUCAGCCCUCGCAGCGCCAGUCUCCUCCGUGUGGCUCCGCCUCUUUGGCGGAGCUCAUCAGUUUUGCUAUUCUCAGCCAAUCCAAAGCUUUUACAUGGCGCAUGUAUGGCAGAAUGUCACACUGAGCCAAUCAGAAACCGUCUGACUAAAAUAUUAGAAUUUUACUGUGAUAUCUUACAGAAGCACCUAUAGUAUCGGUCGUGUUGACGCAAGUAAACCCUGCAACAAAAGUAUUGCCGUUCCUGCAGAAUGGCAAUGUUUACAACUGCAGGGUUAAAAGAGAGGGGAGACGUGGUCUCAGAACACUUCAUUAAGAUGAAUUGGUCUCGGUACUUAUAGUGUUCCAUUAAUUUAAUGGUUUUUUUUAACGCUGUGUCAGUACCCAAAUAUGUCAUAUGAACAGGAAACGGUACAUCAGGGCCAGGCACCUGCCAUAGUUGUUUACUGAUGUAGGCUUGCUUUCCCCAGAAUGGACCCAAUUGAUAGGGUGAAGUCUAUCUCGGCUCUCAGCCAAUCAGCGAUGCCCUGCCCGGUGGCACUCGCCUGAUCUGAAAAUCCAGAAGGCGGAUGCCACCCAUGGGGAUUGGACAUCUUUCUCAGACAGUUUAACCCUUUGAGGUAAGAGUGCCUCCAGGGGCAUCCUGGAACCGUAACAACUUAAUUUACAAGAAGUUGUUUUGGUGAGUGGAGUGUCUCUUUAAGCUAACCCCUAGGGGUAAGAGUGCCUCCAGGGGCAUCCUGGAACCAGGUGUUUUGGUGCUUUGAGUACAUUAUAGUCCAAAGGUUAUUCAGCAUUAAAUAUGGAUUAGUUACCAAGCAUGAGGCUAUAUGUUCAUGUAAUAUUUACAUGUUUAGUAAAUGAAUUCCAUUAAUCCAAGUCAACUUGAACUUGUGUCUAGGGAUAGCAUGCAUUUUUUCACAGCAAAAAAAUAUAUAUAUAUAUAUAAAAUAAGCAUGCAAAGUUCAGAAAAAUGUAUAAGUCCGAUUGUUAUUCUGCAAGUGUAUGUACACACAAUGAAAACCUUUUCAUUUACGUUUUUCUCCAUACCAGUGAUUAACCCAUUAAGCUGGAGAUUAUCUAUGUAUUUCUAAUGGUAUACAACAAAGUCAGUGCUAAUCCAACUGUUAAACUAAUCUAACAAUGUUAUAAAUAUUAAAUAUACAUCUGUUUGCAAAUAGUAAAGAUUAUAACAACCAGCAAAAAUGAGUCUUUACAUUUAACAAUUGUGAUUUAAACCAAGUCUUACUGACUAUUGAUUUAAAUCAAAUUCACUGUGUUGGAAUAUCUUUGAAAUUCCUUACUUUAAACACAAUAUUAAGAUAUACAUCAUAUCAACUAAUUAAGUAUGUUGUCACCUUUAGGAUUUGUUUACAAAAUGUGUUAAUGGGCAGGGCUUCUACUGCUGCCUUCUGUCAUUUAUUUCCCAGUACCCAUUGUUCCAAAAGAUGACCGCAUCAAAUCUAGAACUGCUUAAAGGGACACUCUGAAUCCCUAGAGUACUUUAGCUUCCUGAGAUGCUUUAUGUGUGAGGAAUGUGUGUGUAUUUACUAAACAUUGAUUUUUUUUAUUAUUAUUUUUGUAUUUAGGCAGUGGAGUCUCCCUUUAACAACUCCCCCCCUUCCCCCCCCCCCUCGAGUGAUAGCACUGCUUUGAGGUAUUUUGCAACAUUUAUAUUAAUGUCAGUUAUUUUAUACAUGGACACUGAUUCAGUGAGCUUAUUUUCCGAUUAAAGAAUGGGUCGCCUUUCGUAUAAUCUGGGACCCUGGCAAAAACAUUUUUAAAUACAAACACUGAUUUAAUCUGAACUUCCGUGUUUGACCAGUGUUUCCAUAUAAAAUGUUCUUUGGACUUGUCUGGAGAUUGUGAUGAUUAUUAUUUAUGUAGUACAUAUGCCACAGAGUUGUACAAUAGGUAGACAAACACUAGGUAGACAAACACAUAAUUGCAACAAGACAAGUUGGGCACACCGCAAUAAAAGGCUCGUUGUGGGACCAAUCACACAUAACCAACGUCUAUUAAUUUAUUUGUUUUUGUUUUUUCCCUUGCAAUUUAUAAAUAUAAUAUUGUAUUACUUACGUGACUGGGUUUGGUUGUCAUAAAACAGUUUUACCAUUCUAGAAUACGUAGAAUUGGUCUAGGCCAGGCAUUCCAUUUAAUGUGCAGUUCUAAACAUUUAGAAGUGCUUACUGAAUAUGCAUCUUAAUCAUUAAAGGAAAGUAAGCAUGGUUGUUUUCUUGUUUUUUUGAUGCCCAUAAUUUCAUUUUAUUUUUAUUGGCUCAUAAGUAAAGGUCAUUUUGUGAAUUUUGGAUUGGAGACUCUUAUAGUGCAUGUAACCAAGCCUAACAUGACAUAUUGUGAAAUAACAUGCUCAGUGUGCCACUGUAGUUCUCACAAAUUAAUAUUUUGACCUUUAAAGUAUUUGUACAGAGCAAGCAUAUCACCUCUCCUGAGUGGAGCAGAUAUGAACAGCUGCCAUCCUUUCAACCUUUUAUGGUUUGUAUUCCAUUUAGACGUAACUUUAUCACACUCCCUUCUGUAAAUUAAUCUAUGUUCCCAUGUCCUCUCUGCAUGAUAUAUCCAGUUUUAAAUGGGAUACUAGGUUCUCCUAAGUUACUUAGCUUUUCCGUAAGUAUGUUCAUUUGUAUGUCUAUUAAAUCAGUGUUCAGCAACCUUUUAGCACCCGAGGCCUGGCGAAAAGAGGAUAAAUGUUUUGCUGACAGGCGUCAGCCAGAAGUAAAAACCAAUGGUGCGUGUAUGGGAGAAUUAUUGUGGGGCUGGAGGGUAGAUUAAUAAAUGUAUAUAUUGUUUUAAUUAAAUAAAUAAUUUUGAUAUAUCUCCUCCCUGCUUAGCUUUGCCCAGGAAGGGGGACAAUUCCUGCAGCCCUGGUGGUCCAGGUGGUGAGAGUGAACUCUAGCAGCCUCAGGAGCUGCUAGAGUUCACUCUCGUGAGAUUUUGAGCGUUGCCAUGGUAACAGCGGAAAUGCUCCGAGCUCGCGAGUGGAGAACCCGGUGGAGCAGUAGGUUAGAGAGGGAGGCACGGUUCCCGGUGCUAUGAUCACAAGAAAAGAGAUCUGGAGAUUGUGAUGAUUAUAACAACCAGCAAAGAUCAUAGCACCGAGGAAAUAUUUCAGGGUAAUUUAUUGCCGGUCCACGAAAGCUUUCAUCCAACAGUAUAGUCGGGUGAAAGCUUUCGCGGACUGGCAAUAAAUUCUUGUGGACCGAUGCCGGUCAGGCAACGGAUCCUGCGUUGCUAUUAAAACCUCUUAAUGAACAGGGUUUGAACACACAGGUCUCCAAAAAUACAUCCACUUGUAUAUAAAUGAUGCUAUAGUUACAUGAUAAAAAAAAGUAGUAGUAAGGGGUCAGCACUCUAAAAUAUUACAGGAAAAACAGCAGAUAACAAGGCAGCACACCUGAGCAGUAAGGUUCCCUUACAAGCCGAGAAAGGGUGGGGGUUAGGCGGCGCCAAUAAAUAAGUACUAUAAACAGAUAAAACACUUAUAUAGUAGAUAGAAAUAUAAAAAGUAAAAAAUUAAAUAAAAAUAGAGAGUUCCAAAGACAGAGUUCAGGAGAGUCUUUUGAAAAUUAGACGUAAAGCCAACGAUAAUUCUAUUUAUGGGAAGCUGUUUAAUGAGGUAGGGGUGUUCUUAAAGUCCUUAUGUGGAGAUAAAAGAAACAACUAAUGGUGCAAUAUAUUCAACAAGCAGGUAGCAGCUGGUAAAAAGUAUGAUAUGAUCCUACUCACGUUUUAAAGAGCUAAGGAACCAGCUCUUCUUUGAAGUGCGUACAGUGGUAUAAUCCCCACUUAUUGGAUACAUGAGUUGGUGUCUUGUCUGAAGGAGGGUCACAUGAAAUAUAAAAGGAACAGCAAUAGUGCGCUCUAUUUAAAAAUCAGGAGUACGGAGAUAAAAUAUAAAGUGGUUACUCACAUUUACAUGAGCAGGCGGACUGCUCAAUGUAUAGGGUUUGAGUGGUAUAAUCCCCACCUAGGAUUCUUUGGAGUAAUGUCUCACUGGAACAGGAUAAAAACUCAGAAGCCAGGUAAAAAAGUAUUAAAAUAAGAUAUAAAAAAAAAAGUAAAAUGGCAACUCACAGAACGGAAGUGACCAAAAUACCUUUAAAACAAACUUAGAAUUUCCUAUACACAUAUAUGUUAAGAAACCUGAGUGAAUGCAUGUUUUGUAUAAAUAGGCAAUGAUGUAAAACGAGGGUUAAAAAAAAAUAUAUCUAUUAUAAAUGGAAAGAGGUUAUGUGGUCGGCGUCCAUUUUCGCUAAAGAUACCACCUCUGUGAAACGAAGCACCACGGAUUCCUGCUGCCGCUCCUUCACUAAACUGGCUUGCAAAAGGUAAGUUUCUUUGCAAGCCAGUUUACUGAAUGGGGAAUCACUGAUUGGCUGAGAGCAUCGCUGAUCACUCUCAGCCAAUCACCGAUGCCCCUGGCUGGCAGCACUCUGCGCUUCCUGCAACUGAAGUUUCUGAAGCUGGUUGCUGGGGGAGGGGGGGGGGGAGUAAGUGUUUCUGGGAUUUGUAGUGUAAUUAUCGGCUAUUAGCUGAAGUGCAACUGAUAGAAAUCUUUGCUGUGCUUCCUAAAUACGUGUUAUUGAAUGCUGCAAGUUAGAAUGGAUGGACAAGGAGCUACACACGCAGGAACCAGCAAGAAACAGAUAUUUUAGACUGGAGAGGUGGGCUAGGGUGGGGGAUACAAAACUAACCAUGCAAAAAAAUACAUUUGUUUAAGCCAGAGUUAUUUAUUUCAUAAAGAUGGAGUGUCCCAUUAAUGUCAUAUACCCCCUUCCAUUUGUAGAACCCUGCUUCUGUCUAAAAUUGAUGGUUUCCGAACUUACCGGUAUUUGCAAAGUACUGCAAUGCAUUUCUAUCAUACUGUCUCGAAAACUACUCCUUGUUACACUCUGUUCUGAUUCUGUGGCUCUACCUGUAUGAAUGUACAAUUGACUUGAUGACAUAAUACGUGCAUACUGAAUACUCAAAAAUAAAAAUUUAGAAAAGAAUUGAUAGAAAAACUAAUUAGCUGUGAGAUACCCCUUACAGAAAAGGGAUCAGAAAGUCACCUCAAACAAAUCAUUCCUAUAAAGGUUACUAUGGUUACAUAAAGAACUCAAGAUUAAGCAUUAGAACAUGUUUGGAGAAUGGCGUUGAAGAUCAAGUGUAGGUAUAAGCACUUAUGCACAUUGUAGCAUUUACAGAACAUUAGUACUUGUGGUAUAAUAAAUAAAGUUUAUUUUGAACAGUCUUAAUUUAAACACAUUUUUACACAAAAAAGUAAAUAAUUAUGUUGCAUCAAGGGGCACUUAAGGCACCAGAAUUACUACAGCUUUCAGUAGUGGUUUUUAGGCAAAUUAAUUGUCCCAGCAGGCUGAGCAGUGUUUGCUUAUUUGCUUAAAGGACACUAUAAGCACUCAGACCACUUAAUCUCAAUAAAGUGGUCUGGGUGCCAUGGCCCAGACUUUUAAACCGUGCAUUGUAAAACGUUGCCAAUCUGCAGGAACAUUGCAGGGUAUAAAUGCCUAUAAUGGCUGUCAAUCCAACAGCCACUAGAACAGGUGAGGCCCAAUUGGUAGAUCCCCAGAUGUUGUAGAACUACAACUCCCAUGAUGUUUUGCAUGCCUUUUGAAUGACAAAGUAUCAUGAAAGUUGUAGUUUUAAAACAUCUGGGGAUCUGCCUUUUGGAUACCUCUGCACAAUAGGCACUUCUGUCGAAAUAGCCAUAUAAAAUGCAGCUAUUUCAGUGGGAUGAUCUCAAACAGCCACUAGAGGGUCCAAGGACUGAUGUUCAGCAUCUCUAGAACCCCUAUAGAGAUGCAUUAAAUUGGUGCAUCUCAAUGAGGAGAUGCUGAUUGGUGCAGCAGAGCGGCUGCACUAUCCCCCAGUGCCGCAGUAAAGGGAAAGCAUUGGAUUGGCUUACAUCAUCACUAUUAAUGCUCUCAGCCUGUAAAGAUGGGGCAGCUGUUGCUAGAAAAGAAAAAAAAGUAUGAGUUUUACUUACAGUAUUUAUUUGGUAAGGGGGUCAUGUUGACCCUGCUGCACCCUUAUGCUUGUGCAUAUUCCCUUAAUAGUUUUGUUAUAUUUUUGCACACAGGCAGACUCUAUAGUUACUAUUAGUUCUACCAAACAUUUUACAUGUAAUGAUAAUGAUCUAUAAGUUCAGAAUGGAAAUUGUUGCAUUUGUGGACAACUUGGUGAUCUUUGUCCUAAAUUCUGCCAGGUUGAUCAAUUUAAGGUGGACUUAUUCUCAACAAAAUCAAUGGAUGACUGGACCAACUUCAGCAAUGCAUAAAAAAUGUAAUCUAUGCAUUGUAUGGAUUAACCCCUUAACGACCGCGGACGUUCUAGAUACAUCCGACAAAAAAACGGUCGUUAAGGACGUCUGCUGCAAAAAUGACCCCUACACUUACCUGGACCAGCAAUCCCGGUUGGGGGGUACUGCCAGAGACCCCAGCAGUGCCCCUACAGCAGCUCUGGCCCUCCAGGGCCAUUUGAUCACCAUGAUCACAUGGCCGCAAUAGGAGUCGAUGGAGCUGCCUGCCAUGAUCUGUCAGGCAGUCCCCCAUGCAGCUAAACUGUAAAAAAAUAAAUAAAAAUUAAAUCAAAUAAUGAUAUCAAUGUUAUACAUUUAAUAUAUUAUAAAAUAAUUAAAGCAUUUUAUAAUAUAAUACAUAUAUAAUGCAUAUUUAUGAUUUCAUUACAAGUGUACUUUGAGAUAUAUUCACAUAUAUCUCAAAAUACACUUAUGUCAUCAUAUAUAUGCAUUAUAUAUGUAUAAUAUAUUAUAAAAUGCUUUAAUUAUUUUAUAAUAUACAUAUAUAGAAAAUAAGUGUGUGUGUGUGUGUGUAUAUAUAUAUACAUAUAUAUAUAUACAUACAUACGUAUUAUCUAUAUAUUAUAUAUAUAUAUAUAUAUAUAUAUAUAUAAUUUAUUUUUAUUUUUUUUAAACACAUUUUAUUUAUAGUUAUAUAUACAGACACUCCGCACUUACCGACCAGGUUCCGUUCCUACGACCCGGUCGGUAAGUGAGGAGUUAAGCGAUUCCCUGCUCUGCUGCGUUCUUCUAUGUUCGGGGAAAAUGUCCCUGAACAUAGAUAAUGCAACAGAGUGGGGAAUCCCUCUAAUCUAUGUUCGGGGAAAUUUAUCCGAACAUAGAUUAAAGGAUUCCCGCUCUGGUGUACGUCUGUGUUCAGGGACAUUUCCCCGAACAUAGUCAAACACACAAGAGCAUGGAAUCUCUCUAAUCUAUGCUCGGGGAAAUUUCCCCAAAAAUAGAUUGGAGUGAUUCCCUGCUCUGUUGCAUUCGUCUAUGUUUGGGGAAAUAUCCCCGAACAUAGAAGAAUGCAGCAGAGCAGGGAAUCCCUCAAAUUCCAAUGAUGGCUCGCACUUACCACCCCGCAAGAGAGCUGGUCGUAAGUGUGAGCCGUCGUAAAGCAGGUAGGUUGUAAAACGAGGACCACUUGUAUUUGUAUGUGUGCAAAAUCCAAAUAGGUUAUGGUAGGGAAAAAUUGUGAAUGAAAACCCCUUCCACCUGAAGUCUGUGGAUAAAAAUACAAUGUUAAACAAAAAUCUGCACACCAGUCAAGCCAUAAGACUUGCUUUUCCCACAGAAAUCACAAAUCUGCAGUGAUGUUACAACCGCAAAGGAUUCUGGGUGGGCAUAUGCAAAUAAGUUUAACAAAGAAUCACAUUUUUGCCUCAUUCCAUUUUAAACAUGUAUUCCUUUUAAUCUCAUGAAUAUCCUGGGUUGUCUACUUUAAAAAAAAUGUACAUGUGGCGUGUGAUUCAGAGAUUUAUGACAGAUAACAGUGUUACAAUGUAACUAUUGAUAAAUGUUAAAAUAUAUAUUUUGAAACAGCAAUGUCCUACUUGUACUUAUAGCCCUAUAACUUGCAAAUAUAGCUAAGAACAUGUUAGCAUUGGGUAUUUCUAAACUCAGGACAAAAUUUAGUAACUAUUUAGCACCAGUGUUUUUUGGCGGUAGUAGAUGCGUAACAGAUUUUGGGGGUCAAAGUUAGAAAAGGUGUGUGGGUUCUUUAGAAGGACCAUUUGGUGGCGAGAAAAACGGUAUAUAGUAUGUGUGGGUACAGUAAAUGAGUAAGAGGAAAAUUACAGCUAAACACAAACACCGCAGGAAUGUAGAAACAGCCCUGGUCCUUAACGGUAAGAAAAUUGAAAAACAGUCUGGUCACUGUGGGGUUAAAAUAAUCUUUUAUCUUGACGUUUGCUGUGGUUUCCCCAAGGUGUCCAUGCAGUAGAUGUGAGCAUACAAAUACAGCUUAUACCAGACCAUCCCAAACCAGGAAGAUGGUCUGCCAAUCAGGAGCCUCUCAUUCUGGUCCAUGUAUCUAAGUUUGUGCAUCUCUUUGUUACUUAGCAACGUGAUACAGCUCAGUGAUUGGCCAUGUUUCCUAGCAGUUCAGCCUCUGACUAAAUUACACGUACAUAUAGAUUAUGUUUUGCCUUGAAUUAUUAUGUAUGUUCUCUUGGGGAUUUACAGCUUACCAUUUAUUUUGUUUUUGUUUUAUACGGCAGUGCAAAUAUCUGUUGAUAAAAACUCCAGCUAUUGGUGAUAUUUGCUUAUAAAUCCUGUACUUUUGUUUUAUGUGGGGAUUGUUGUACAAUCAGCACAUCCUCAUAAUAUGUUGUGUACUUUUUUUUUUAUUUUUAUUUUUUUUUUACCAUUUCUGUGUUUGUCUUUUUUAAGUAAAAAUUUAACUAAAGAUAUUUUUACAAUUCUGUAAUUUUCACUUUGCCUGUUCAAGGGCGUCCCUGGGUUCUUUCUACUAAGGCAUUGCUGUGUAAACAGGCAGAUUGAUGGGACUUUGUUAGAAAAAUGAUGAAGAGAAAAGGUCAUUGUAUGAGUCAGAGGACCAGUACAAUGCAUGUAAAUAUGAGAGGAGAGCUUUUAAGCUUCAAAGUUCCCCCAACAUGUGCUCACUGAUUUAAAAAGUCUGGGAUGAACAACCAUUAAAUUGUUCAUUAACUGUUUCAGAGCCAAUGGUGUUUAAAAUAAAAUCAAAUUUAAAAAGUGCCUUAGUUUAGUUGUUAGUGAAUAUUUCAAAGGGUUAAUGUUUUUGUUUUAGUUUUUUCCUUAAAUUGCAUUUCCGUAGUUUUAGUUAAAGAUAUAUUUAUUUUGGAAAGGCGGGCAUUCACUAUAACAUUGUAACAUUAUAAAUAUUACCUUUCAAGCAGGGUCCCUUUAAUAUGUUGUUAAAGGCACACUAUAGUCACCUGAACAACUUCAGUUUAAUGAGGUUGUUCAGGUGAGAACUAUAGCUCCCUGCAGCCUUUCUCAUGUAAACACUGUAUUUUCUGAGAAAAUACAGUGUUUCCAUUGAAAGCUAGGAACACCUCCAGUUGGGACUUCAGAGUUGAUGGAGGCAUAAUAUCACUGGUGACUAUAGUGUCCCUUUAAAUAUUUUAUACUUGUAUAAUGUAUGUUGUUCAUAGUGUUUAAAAACAAAUAGUAAAGGCAGAUUCUAAGCACCACUAUAUCUGAGUGUGGUGAUUUUGUUGCAAAGAACCUGUCCUAGCGCUAUCUUGUUUUGUAAACACCACUUUUUCUGUGAAAAGGUGGUCAUUGCACGAAGCUGAAAGAACACCUCUAGCAGCUGUCACUCAGACAACCACUAGGUGCGCUUCCUCGGAGGCCUGCAGUUUUUAAGGGCAUCCUCAGAUCCAGUUUUCUAAUGCAGUGUGUAAAUUGUUCUCUUCAUAGAGAUUAGCGAUAAUGCAUCUAUAUGGAGAGGUGCUGCUUGGAGCAGUGCGGCGAUUGCUCUGCAUUCACUGCAACACCCUUCCUGACAUAUACCUAGAGUCAUUGGAUUGGCAGUGAGAGCAGAACAGAGCAGUGGCAAGAUUGAUACUGCAAUGAUACUUGUGAAAGAGAAGCCUCUAAAUCAGCUAUAGCAAAUCCUUACCCUUAGUCUCCCUUUAAAGUAUAUUAUCUGCAAAUUGUAGAGCUCUGAGUUAUGAGUUCAAGUAAACUGAGCAUUGUAAUGUUACACUGCACAAUUACACUUCUUCCUUAAAUAGUGACACACUCUGUCCGAGGUGUUUCUAUGGUUUUUAGACCAUUUAACCUUUGUAAUGAGAUACAGGAAAACGAAGGAUAUAAAUGGUAUCUAUGAACUUGGUGAACACGGAUGAAAAUUCUAUAACUGAUAAACUACAUAUCCCUUAUAGUUUAUGCACAGAGCUCACAUUGGAAAGAGGAAACCAUUAAUGGCGGUUCAGCAACAUCUUAGAAAGCACUGACCAAUUCCAGCCCCUCCUAUAUCUCUCCACAGAUCCGCAGAAAUGCCCCUUCUCGGUCUCUCCGCUCUGCCCGUGACCUUCUCCUGUCUGCUUCUUGCACCCGUACGGCCAACUCACACUUAUAGGACUUCUUUAUGGAAUAGCCUGCCUACCGCCAUCAGACUCUCCCCUAGUCUUCAAACUUUUAAAAAGUGCCUAAAAACCAUCUCUUUAGGAAAGCUUACGGCCUCACAGAGUGACCUCUACCUCACGGGCAGAACUCUAUUCUCUCCUCCAUCUCUGCUUCGCUCCCACCUUAUUUGAUUGAUACCUCCUUUCCUGUUGUGUUUUACACCCCACCUCCUAUAGAAUGUAAGCUCGUUUGAGCAGGGCCCUCUUCAACCUAUUGUUCCUGCAAGUUUUUGUAAUUGUCUCAUUUAUUGUUUAAACUCCCCCUUUGAUAAAAUUGUAAAGACUAUAGCUAAGUGUUGCUUCUAAGUGUGUAGUUGGAGAUAUUCUGGAGAGUUUUACAGAAGCUUUAACUGUCUAAGAGUUGUGCUAAGAGCUUUCUUUUCUACUGUUACAGGUAAGAUUCAUCUGUAGGAAAAGGUUACUGAUUGCACAAGGUUUGCAUUCCUGUUGGUAAUUAUAAGGCAUUUGAUUUGAUUAGUUAGCUACUUGCUAUUGAUUGAUUGAGUUUGGAUUCCAAUAUUGUUGAAUGGGAAAGGCAGUGGCUGAGUGACAGGCAACAGAGGGUUGUAGUUAAUGGAAUAUAUUCGAAGCUUGGACUUGUCACCAGUGGGGUACCUCAGGGAUCUGUACUUGGACCCAUUCUCUUUAAUAUUUUUAUUAGUGAUAUUGCAGAAGGUCUUGAUGGUAAGGUAUGUCUUUUUGCUGAUGAUACUAAGAUAUGUAAUAGGGUUGAUGUUCCAGGAGGGAUAAGCCAAAUGGCAAAUGAUUUAGGUACAAUAGAAAAAUGGUCAGAAUUGUGGCAACUGACAUUUAAUGUGGAUAAGUGCAAGAUAAUGCAUCUUGGACGUAAAAACCCAAGGGCAGAGUACAGAAUAUUUGAUAGUGUCCUAACCUCAACAUCUGAGGAAAGGGAUUUAGGGGUGAUUAUUUCUGAUGACUUAAAGGUAGGCAGAUAAUGUAAUAGAGCAGCAGGAAAUGCUAGUAGAAUGCUUGGUUGUAUAGGGAGAGGAUAUUGGUGCGGUGUAAGUGACAAGGACCUACACCUAUAAGUGGAGCGCUCAAACACAGAUAAAUCUUACCAAAACGUAGUCUCAUUCAAUGGUAAAAUAUGGGGUACAUGUCAACAUAAAAUACAGAAAAUACAAUAUAGUGUAGACGGUACUAAAAAAUGGCUUCACAGUGAUUAUAAUAAUAUUGUGUUGAAUAUUACACUCACAUUUCAAGGAGCCUGUAUAUAGAAAACACUGGCUCCGUAUAAAGGCUUGUGUGCUGUUAUGGUAGCACCACCCUCCUACUUCGGCUUGAAGAAUUUCUCAGGAACACGAAAAAAAGAGAAGAAAGCAAACCAAUGUGUAGACUUAUGGUGAUAGAUGGCACAGAUAUGUGUUCAAUAAAUGGGGUGCUCACCUGGUCCUGAGCCUACGAAUCCCGGCUCUAGGUAUGUGGAUUUUGUGCCAGUUUGAAUGGGGAUGGCACUACCCCUGUGAGGAUUCCUUGGAGGCUCCAAAAGGAACUUGGAUGAGGUAUUGAAUAAAAAUGGUGAAUUUAUUAGUUUAAAAUAAACAUAAAAACAAAGAUGAUAAAAGUCCUCAAAUAAAAGUCCUUUAAAAAUGGCCAAUACGCGUUUCACUCUCAAAUAGAGCUUCUUCAGUCAGCUGUGUAAUAGAGGAUAUUUCCACACUAGUGUAUUGAGCUGCCUGUAAAUCACUUUUUGACUCUUUUGAGCACUUUUGUUAUACACACUCCUCUGUAAAAAGAGGCAACCUUUGAUUUGUAUAGGGAGAGGUAUUAGCAGUAGAAAGAUGGAAGUGCUCGUGCCAUUGUACAGAACACUGGUGAGACCUCACUUGGAGUAUUGUACACAGUACUGGAGACCGUAUCUUCAGAAGGAUAUUGAUAUCUUAGAGAGGGUUCAGAGAAGGGCUACUAAACUGGUUCAUGGAUUGCGGGAUAAAACUUACCAGGAAAGGUUAAAGGAUCUUAACAUGUAUAGCUUGGAGGAAAGACGAGACAGGGGGGAUAUGAUAGAAACAUUUAAAUAUAUAAAGGGAAUCAACACAGUAAAGGAGGAGACUAUAUUUAAAAGAAGAAAAACUACCACAACAAGAGGACAUAGUCUUAAAUUAGAGGGACAAAGGUUUAAAAAUAAUAUCAGGAAGUAUUACUUUACUGAGAGGGUAGUGGAUGCAUGGAAUAGCCUUCCAGCUGAAGUGGUAGAGGUUAACACAGUAAAGGAGUUUAAGCAUGCGUGGGAUAGGCAUAAGGCUAUCCUAACUAUAAGAUAAGGCCAGGGACUAAUGAAAGUAUUUAGAAAAUUGGGCAGACUAGAUGGGCUGAAUGGUUCUUAUCUGCCGUCACAUUCUAUGUUACUAUGCUGGCGCUCUAUAAAUACCAGUAAUUAUAAUAAUAGUUCUAGUUUGCAAAAACUUUAGAAUUGCAGGAAAAAUGAAAUUCUGAGCGGAGCAUUUAUUUUACAGUAAUUAAUUUUUUUUAUUUUUAUUUUUUUAUUAUAUUAUGAUGUCUCCAAAGAAUUUUUAGAAAAUCAAAUAUAAAAUCCUGUUGUAUUUGUAAUUUAAAAAUGUAAAAUCACAAUUAUAUUAAAAAAUAGGUAUGCUGACCAACCCUUAAUGAGACCUGAGCUCCAAAGUUUGGCUUUGUAUCUUCAAAAAUAGAAGUAGUAGUAAAAAUGGAAAGCCUAUGGAUAGUAGUUAUUGCUGUACUCUACUCUGAUAUUUUACAUGAUAUAUCUUUUUAUAGUUUGUAUCAUUCUACUUGAGGAGUAAUGUAUAGGAUAUUGAAAGGAAGCCAUAACUGUCCUUUAAAAAUUAAAAUCCGUGGCGGUCUGCUUACACCGUAUGAUGAUAUUGGUGCUCUGUGGUUAUUAUUGCAACUUGUCUCCUGUGUAUUAUUUGCCUUAUUACAAAAUGAUUAAUAUUGUACACAGCAAUGUGAUGCAUACUUAGUUUAGGUUUGACUGUUUUUGGGGGGGGGGGAGGCUGUUGAUUCUCGAUUAUUUUUGUUGUCACUGGAGCAUAUCCAUCCAUUUCUUUUCAUAAGGAUGCUUUUUAUUCAUUAUUUAUCUUUGAAGAUAAUUUGCCGGUUUCCUUGGCUGUCUUUCUUUGCACACCUGUUUCUGAUAAGUGCGUUCUCUCUCUGUGUGUGUGUUUACAUGUCAUUUCUGCCCGUGUCCAUUAUCUAAUUGCAAUCACAGCUUUUCUUGAAUUACACCUGUCAUUUAUUCUUGUCAGAGCUAGUAAAUAUUCUUUGAUUAAAGCGCCGAGAGGGAGAAUGAUCAGUAUAUUUAUUUUCUCCAAUGCUGAUGAGUGGUGACUGAGCCAUUCUAGCAUUUUUCAAAUUGCUUUGCAAAGAUGCGCUACAUGAAAUGAAAGGUGCACAUGUUCAUAUUCUGCUGUAUAUUUUUACUUCCCAUUUGUCAAAACAGAGAUGCACUGUCCCAGCAUCAAUAAAUUAAUUUUGCAUUUAGUGUAUAUUUUGCAUAUUUUACUACAAUUUUUUUUUACUAUUUCCCAUUAAAGGAGAACUGUCAUUUUGCAAUAGUUUUAUUUAUUUUUAUUUUCAUAAAUUACAACUUAUAUUUUAUUUUUUAUUUUUUACUUAUCCCGUACACUUAGUAAAUAUGAAUUUGUCAGAUCUGAAUAUUGAAAAUAUUUAGGAAUCCACACUGCUCUGUCUUGCAGUUGAGGCAUGGAGUCCUGGUGAACACACUGUGCGGUGAACUUUGUUAAUAAAUUGAAAGGUCGUUACUGCCUCAAGACCCCUAGCUCCGUAUAUCUCCCUCAUUGCAUAUUAUCCAGUCACGCAAUUUGUUAUUGUCACGUCAAAGAAGUGGCCAGGAGAAUAAGCAGGUCUAGUCACAUGAAAAUGUAUUUCCUUUAGAGUGACAUUUGGCAAAUUCUAUCUUUAAAAUGUAUCCAAAAAGUAUUCUGUUUACAAAUAGAAGUAGGGUACACUGUGUUUCACUAACUUUUGGAUCAACAGCAACAACAUUUGUGAGGAAGGCUGAACUUGAUGGACGCAAGUCUCUUUUUCAGCUAUGUAACUAUGUAACUCACCAGAAUCUAGGAGUCCCGGACAAAAGUUAGUAGCUAGAAAUUUUUUUUAUUUUCCUGGCUUUUAUUUGAAAAAUGUUUUUAUUAUUAUUUAUAAGUCUUAUAUUUCCAUAUUUCUGGAAUAUAUGAUUCUUAUUCAGCACGUCCGAUAUAUGCUUUGCAGAUUUUAUAGGAACCAGACCACAAUAAGAAAACUUAUUUUUAAACAAAAAUAUCACUGAUAGUGAUAUAAAAGAAGCAAUAUGUCUGUAGUGGCAAUUAGUAGUUUGUACCAUAGGGGGAUUAGUGAAACCCCUACCAGCAUCACCUUCUCAUCACCCCCUCCGUAAAAAAACCUCUAACUGCGAGUGGUAGAGUUAAUCCUCCGUUAACAGUAGGGUUAAACUCCGUAUGUGCAGCAUUUCAUAGUGAGACGGUGCACAUACACACUGCAGGCACCACUACCACUUAAAACCAACGAAGUGGUUAUGGAUGGAGCUUGAGGUAACCAUUUUAAUUUUAAAAUCAGUUUUCUGGGCAAUCCAUGGCAUGUUCCAGGAUUAGUAAAUAGUUUAGAUGAGGGUGAGUAUUACUGGAACUAGGCUUGUGCUGUAAUGGUAGUGCAAAUGAUAGUAUCAAAAUUUGGUACUAGGUCCAUCCUGCUAUAUUUGAUAUACCUUGGGCCCUUACCUUUUUUCCAGCCCCGGGAUGGGAGCUCUCCUCCUCUUCGGCUGAAUGCGCAUGCGCGGCAGUAGCUGCGCGCGCAUUCAGCCAGUCCAUAGGAAAGCAUUCACAAUGCUUUCCUAUGGACACUGGCGUCUUCUCACUGUGAAAAUCACAGUGAGAAGCACGCAAGCACCUCUAGCGGCUGUCAAGAGACAACCACUGGAGGCUGGAUUAACCCUAUUAUAAAUAUAGCAGUUUCUCUGAAACUGCUAUGUUUAUAAAAAAAAAAAAAGGGGGGGUUAACCCUAGCUGGACCUAGCACCCAGACCACUUCAUUAAGCUGAAGUGGUCUGGGUGCCUAUAGUGGUCCUUUAAUGUAGUGGUCUUGGUGCAGAGAUGCUGUUCAUUUUUUUAGACAAUUUAAAACGUUGAAAUUUGUGAGAAACGUUUGUCUGAGAAUAUACCUCAUCAUCAGACUGAAUGACCCUAAAGGCACUUUCUCCUUAGGACCUUGGAUUUUUGAAGAUCUUUACAUUUGGUAUAAUCACGGACAGCGUGAUAACACAGAAUGCACCCAAUGCUCAUUAUAGGCGGAGAGAAGCCACUUUUGGGCACCUUAGCUCCUCAGUGCUGCUGUAUCAGAGAUUACCUCUUGACUAGUAUCUGACUGCCUCUCUGCUAUUUCUAACUGGAUGCCUGCCUGCUUCCUUAAACUAAACUUGACCAAAACAGAAAUUCUGGUCUUUCCUUCCUCAAGAGUUGCUACUCCUGUGUCUAUCUCCCUCCAAGUCAACAGGGCUACCAUCAGCUCCACCACACAGGCUUGCUGCCUAGGUGUUCUCUUUGACUCCGACCUCUCCUUCACGCCUCAUGUUCAAUCUAUCGACAAAUCCUAUCGUUUCCAUCUCAAAAACAUUGCGCGUAUCCGACCAUACUUAAAGCCAGAUGCGACUAAGGUGCUGGUCCAUUCCACUGUCCUUUCUCGCCUUGACUGCUGUAAUCCGCUUCUGAGUGGUCUUACGUGCUCCCAACUUGUGCUGUUACAGUCCAUAAUGAAUGCGGUGGCUAGGCUUAUCUUACUAUCCGCCCACACCUCCCACGCUACAUCCUUCUGUCAGUCCCUACAUUGGCUUCCUGUAAGAUAUAGGGCUCAAUUUAAAAUUCUGGUUCUUGCUUUCAAAUCUCUACAUAAUGAUGCUCCCACCUAUCUAUCCUCCCUAAUACACAAAUAUGUCCCGUCUAGCCCCUUACGCUCUGCUGAAGACUUACGUCUAUCUUAUGUCCGUACUCCCACCUCUGAUGCUCGCCUUCAAGACUUCUCGAGGGCUGCACCGUUCCUGUGGAACUCACUUCCCUCCUCCAUUAGAUGCUCACCCAGUCUCCACUCCUUCAAAAAAAUCAUUAAAACCCACUUCUUCAUAAAAGCGUAUCAAUUAAACUGUUAAUAGCGCCCGGCUGAUUCCUCUCUUGCAACUGUCAUUAGUCUAAUACUAUCCUUACCUUUUGUGUCAUUUUACCACACUCCCUCUAGCAUGUAAGCUCAUUGAGCAGGGCCCUCAACCCCUCUGUUCCUGUGUUUCCAACUUGUCUGGUUACAACUACAUGUCUGUUAGUCCACAUCCUGUAAAGCGCUGCAGAAUUUGUUGGCGCUAUAUAAAUAAAUACAAUAACAAUUACAGAUUGGACCAGAAAUCACCAAUGUUAAUGAUUUCGCAGUAUGCAGAUUAAACUGCUGUCAUGAGCCUGUCUUCGAAUUGGAAUUAUGGUAUGUUUUAUGGAUUAUUUUGGUUUGUUUUUAACCUAUUAAGUCUACUGGGUACUAAAAGAGCCCUUUUUAAAGCACGAAAAAAGUCUAUUGCAGUGUGCUCACAAAACCUCUCGAAGCCCAUUUGGUCAAUCUAUCUAUAAAUUUGAUAGAUACUCAGCCAGAUGAAUGGGUGUUAUUUUGGAAUUAAAUGCUAGAUUAAUUUAAUUGGCAUUGAUGCGGAGACUGAGGGAUUGGAUGCAGCACUGUGUGGGGCUUAGGGAAAUGGGAGAAAACUAUCAUGGAGAACUGGUGAUGUGGUCUUAGAAGCACUAGCUGAAAAAAUGACUUUUUGUAAAAUAUAAUGCCUGAUGUUCCCUAUGAAGCUCUCAUGUGAGCGUCUAUUAAUGAAGGAGCAAUGCGUUUUUGUGGAUAACAUGAUCAGAUCGAAAGAGGCUCCAGUUAGGAGUUUAAAAAACAAAAAUGUACAUUUAACUUUCUCACAAUUCUAACUGCAUUUAAAAAUGGAUUUUGCUUACACAAAUAUAUUCAAUAGAGGUAUUUUUCUUAAUGUAAAUCUUUCUACAUCACUUUGGAAGAGGAUGUAAUUUUAAUGUUUUUUUUUAUUGCAAUCCACAGUUAAAUAUUUUUGGUAACAGAGCAUCUGUUGUGAUUAAUCAUUAAAUUCUGUAUUUGCCGUUUGAGAUCACGUUUUAUAAUGAUUUAGCGAUGCCAAUAUCUGCUUCCUGUAAAAACAUUUUGUGCCAAGGGUUGGAUAUUUAUUUCACUAAUACAGAUGACACUUUUUUUCUUGUUUCUUCUUUUUAAUUUGCAAUUUUGUAGGACUGAUUUCUAUUUCUCCCUCCCACUUCCCUCCUCUCUGUCCUUCUCUCCAGUACCGAAUGGGGCAAAACCAUUUGCUGCUGUACGGGACCAUUUAGAUUGCAAAAUCUGGACAUUGUUGAUUGAAUUCAUUAAUCUCCGGAGUUUGUAAAUCAGACCCGAAACCUGCCUGAAUAUGGUCAGUUUAUCAGCCGUACCAGAUGCCGCUGCAAUCCAGAGCGAAUUAAUUAAAUCCGGGCCCAGAUUUUUUUUUAAAAAUCCAAACUAUUUGCCCACUGGUUGCUUGUGCUGAGGCAGCUGGCUUACGCACAGAGAGGUGUUCUGUUCUUUUUGUGAGCCACGUGCAGUAGCCCUGGAGAGAUGCUGCUGGAAUAGUAGUUUACAUUAUGGAUCUGCAUUGAUGCUUUAGGCCAUUUCAGCACCCCCAGUUCUGUAUAGUGCUACCCAUUGCUUUCUUCUUUGUUUUGUUCAUUGUUUUCUAUCACAUCAGGCGUUGGCUCUCCAUAGUGGACCAUCAAGUAGUCACACUACAGCUUUGUGGGUGUUCACUGGUUAUAUUGCUACAGUACGCUGUCCAUUGACUCCCUAAACUAAACAUUACUGCUAUGUUAGUCAUUUUAGAAUGGCACAACAAAUCUGCAUUUUUUUUCCUCUGUAUUUCAGGAGUUAUUGGACAAGCCAGUAAAUCAGAGACUCUUCCUGACUAGAAUUCUGAAAGAGUUCGUGUGUGAUACAUUCUUACCAGAAAUUGACUUCCAGUCCUACAAACUCCUCCCUGAGUAAGUAAAACACAAAUGGCGAUACACAUCAUUCCGUUACAAUCCAUGCAAAAUGUAGUAAAGACGGAUCUUUUCAUUUAUACAUUUUACUCAGAGUUUCCAUAAUUUAAGAAAAAUUUAAUUUUGUGCAACCAUUUCAGUAGGCUAAACAUAAAAUAUCAUCUGUAUUUCUGCAUCGGACAGUAGAAACAGUCUGAGAGGCAACAACCACGUUAAGGUGGUUUUAGUACUUGGUUUUCCCUUGCACUAAUCAGGGAAUAGCCUGUGUUAGGCCAAAUAGCUGAUGUGGAGGAUUUUCUAUAAAGGAACCCUAUAGUGUAAGGAAUAAUUGUAUUUCUAACACACUAUUGCGCACGCACGCACGCACACACACACACUCUAUAUUAAACAUAUUAAGUAAUAGGUCGAACCUUAGUUCCAGCAUCAGUAGACACAGUGAUGUAUUCUCUCUGUAUAAAGUAUAUGAUUGUUAAAGAUCAUUGUCACCAUGUAGAACAUCUUAUUAGAGCAACUAUUUAAUUUUAAUUGAAUUAAAAAAAUAAUAGAUGUUAAAACUGUCCUGCCUCCUAAAUUAUAAUCUCUCACAAAAUGAUCCAAUUGUGGUACACACAAGUGGCUGUGUUCACAUUUAAGUUUUGGUUCACACUUUGAAUAUUUGCAGAAAUAAUACCACAUGAAUCUAAUAAGAAUGGACACAUUGACGUUUACAUAUAAAUUACCUAUCUAAACAGCAAACCUCUUUGCACAAUCUGCAAUAUUGAAUUACCCAAGAUAAAGGAGAAAAGAUUGUAUUCAAUGUUCGGGCUAAAAGCAUCACAUUUUCUAAUAUAGCCUUUUCUUUUUAAAAUUCUUAGCUUAAAGACUGAGUCAAUAGAAGCUGAUGAGAUAGCUUAGUGACUAGAGCUCCAUCUGCUGUAUUUUAUGGUUCCAGGUUCAAUUCCCAAGAAUAUUUAAUAACUUCCCUAGGUCAAUACAAUGAGUACCAUUGAGUUAUAAAAUAAUAUCCGGGCCCCAGGACCUUACUUGAAAAAAAUGAUGGAAGCGUGCCCUUCCUAGUUAAACAUGUAUAUCAUCAUUGUAGCUCAGCCACAAUUACAAUUAUUUGUAUAGCAACACCAUAUUCCAUAGCGCUGUUCAAUAGAAUUAAAUGUAUUUUUUCCUUUUAAAAAAAGUGUGAUAUAUGGUAACAGUAGGUGAUGGGGGCCCUGCCCAAACUGUGAUAUUUAAUGAAUCCUAGAGUAUUGUUUAAAUAUACUUUCCUUCAUUACAAAGUCAUCCAUGGAGACUCGAGAAGGAAUGGGUUUUAAAGGAAUACUAUAGGCAACAAAACAAAUUUGGCUUAAUGAAGCAGUUUUGGUGUACAGAUUAUGCCGCUGCAAUCUAACUGCUCAGUUUUCUCUCAUUUAGGAAUUAAAUAAAUUUUGAUUCUUGGCUAAGGUUGUUUUGGUGCCUAGAGUAUCCCUUUAAAGUAAGAAAAUUAAAGAUGUUGAGUUUGUUGUCUAGAGAUGAGGUAACACUAACGAAAAAAAAGUAUCUCCAAAAUGGGUAUAGAUGGAUUUUAUUGCAGAGGGACACUUACAAUAUUUAUAAGUGUAAGCAUAUUCUUUGAUCUGGCAAUAUUAACAGGUAACUUUAAAACAAUGUGUGUGAUUUAUUUUUUUUUAUUUUUUUUAAAUCAAAUUAUUAUGGGCUUGUUUGCUACAUAAGAAUAUAUGUCUAAAUAUAUAUAAAUAUUUUUUAGGUACCCUGAAAUACCUUCUGAGAUCCAAGAAGAAAAUGGUAUUCAAUACAAAUUUGAAGUCUAUGAAAAGAAAGUCACAGAACAUUGUUAAACACAUUGCAUGUUUAUAGCCUGCUGUACAUUUGCCUUAAAAUAAAUUUUGUUUAAUUGCCA